GGCGCCCUGCUUCGGAAACCGGAAAUCGGACGUUGGACAAGAGCGCUGCGCGUUGGGUAGUUUCCAAUUCCCUUUUGCAGUUGUCUGGUCUGAGCUGUCAGACACGUGCCCCCGAGGAAAAUGGGUGUUCUAGCUAAGGAGGAGGACCCUCAACUCGUGUCGCACGAACAGAUUAAAAAGGCUAUAGAAGCUUUGUUGGCAUAUAGAAAAAACCAGCAAAAUGCCGAUAAAUUGCUCUUGAACGAGAAUGAGAAUGUGUUUUUAAUGGUGACGUUAUGGAAAAUUCCCCCAAAUGGAAAAGAAAUCAAAAUACCUUUGCCUCAUGGUAUUAGACCUGAUACAAAAGAAGUUUGUUUAUUUACUAAGGAUGAAUCAAAUUUAACUUCAGAGCAGACAGAAAAUUUCUAUAAACAGCUUCUGAAAAAGAACGGGAUUACAAACAUUACUGAGAUCAUCCCUUACACAAAAUUAAAACAGGAAUAUAAACCUUAUGAAGCUAAGCGGCGCCUUUUGAGCAGUUUUGACCUUUUCCUUGCUGAUGAACGAAUUCGACGACUUCUACCCUCACACAUAGGAAAGCACUUCUAUCGCAGAAAGAAGGUGCCUUUAUCAGUAGACCUCACCACCAAGAAUUUAUCAGAACACAUCAAGAGAAUUGUCCAGGGAACUUCAUUAACUGUCUCUAACCAUGGUUGUUGCAAUACAACACGUGUGGGUCACACAGGAAUGUCUGUAGAUCACCUCGUGGAGAACACCGUUGCUGCUGUAGAUGUGCUUUCAGAAAAGCUGCCUGAGAAGUGGGAGAGUGUCAAAAUUCUACACCUGAAAACAGAAAAAUCUGUUGCCCUUCCAGUCUUUUCUUCAUUUGUCUCCCAUUUGGGUUCUCCGAAAAGCAAGAAGCAAAAGCAAGGCAAAAAAGUGAACACCAAGCCUGCUCAGACUGAAGUGAAGCCUGAAAGUGAGUGUGCUUUGGAUGGUUGUGAACUAGAGGCAGAAAAGGAGGGCAAAGCAGAGCCUGACUCUGAUGAUGACAUUCCACAGCUUGUUCCAAUUCAAGCAACAUCUCCUCAAAAGUGCCCAGAGCUUCAGAAAGCAGACCUAAUAAAGGAGUCUACAGAAGACAGCCUCAGUGCUGAAAAACAAGCUAAAACUCCUAGCAGAAAAAGAAAGGCCUCCAAGGCUCUGGAGACUCCAGAGCAGAAUACCAAAGAUUCCGUAAAGUUGAAGAAGACUGCAGCCACUGGCAAAUCCAAGACCCCAAGGAUCCAAACCACCAGAACCCUGAGAAAGAAAGUGAUUCCUCAGUAGAGGUCAAAGCCCUGGAAUAGAUUCUCAAUAAGUUGAGGUUAUUUACCACUCAUAAUAAAGUAGGGAAAAUUGGCUUCAAAAUAAAAUCUAUUUUUACUUGCUUUUCUAGUUACUUCACACAAUGAAAAAAAUAAAUGGAUUUCAGUGCCAUAUCCAUGUGCUUCAGUUCCCUUUAACAAGCUAUAGCAUUUGUUCCUGAGUCAGUCUUCCUCAUGUGUUUAAAAUAUGUCUGCUUUACUAGUUUUCUUGUAAAUGUUAAUUCAAGCCUUA